AUGCGUGAGAUCGCGAUCGGCGUGGAGGAGUCCGGGCAACAGUUCAUUUGGGUGGUGAGGGGCGGGCAGGACGACAGCUGGCUGCCCGAGGGAUUCGAGGAGAGGAUAAAUGGGAGAGGGAUGGUUAUCCGCGGGUGGGCCCCGCAGGUUCUGAUUCUGGAGCACGAGGCGCGGAGGGCGAAGGGGUUGGGAGAGAUGGCGAGGAAAGCUGUGGAGGAAGGAGGGUCUUCUUACAAUCAUUUGACUUCUUUGAUCGAGGAGCUCAAAUUGCAGCGUGGCUACUGA